CACGUCAAAAUUAUUUUUCUGCCCCAGCGAUGAGAUACGAUACGAUGUUUUGAAAAUGUAUUUGCUAACAGUUGAGCGGUUUUGGUGGGCCUAGAAUCUAUUCUUCAGAUACUUUAUGAAAUUUACAGUGUGCAGGGUUUCAGAAGUGAGAUCAAAAUGAAGGCUUUACUCGCAACUGUGUCGAGUCUCGUGCUCACGACCGUGGUCAUCGGCAAUGCCUACUACCAGAAGAAACAGUUUUACCCAUCGAUAGUGUACCUAACUAAUUCUAAUCCUAGUAUGGCUGUAAUGUACUUGCAAGCCUUUAUAUUAGUGUUAUUGGUGGGAAAACUAUUAAGGAAAAUAUUCUUCGGGCAACUACGCCCCGCAGAGUUCGAGCACCUGAUUGAGCGGUCGUGGUAUGCAAUAACGGAAACAUGUUUAGCGUUCACUGUGUUUAGAGAUGACUUCAAUCCCAAGUUCAUUGCGUUGUUUACACUCCUUCUCUUCUUGAAAGCAUUCCACUGGCUGGCCGAAGACAGGGUUGACUAUAUGGAGCGUAGCCCCGUAAUCGGCUGGGUGUUCCACGUGAGGAUCCUCACCCUGCUGAUGCUGCUCGCACAAGCCGAUCUGUACUUCAUCAACCAUGCAUACCAGGUCACCAUCUCCAAGGGGCCCUCUGUGCAGCUGGUGUUCGGCUUUGAAUACAGCAUACUCAUUAUUAUGAUUGCCAAUAUUCUGAUUAAGUACUGCCUCCACGCGAUCGACUCGCGCUGGGAGGCGCCCUGGGAGAACAAGGCAGCCGUGCUGCUCUACACCGACCUGGCGAUCAACUUCCUCAAGGUGCUGCUGUACAUCGGCUUCGUGGCCAUCAUGGUCCGCAUCUACACUCUACCUCUCUUCGCAUUCCGCCCCAUGUAUGAGACGAUGAGGAGUUUCAAGAAGGCUUACAACGACGUGGUCCUGUCUCGGCGCGCCAUCCGCAACAUGAACACCCUGUACCCGGACGCGACGGCAGAGGAGCUCGCCGCCGCCGACAACGAGUGCAUCAUCUGUCGAGAGGAGAUGCAUACUGGCGCAAAGAAGCUCCCCUGCAACCACAUAUUCCACGCGGCGUGCCUCCGGCUGUGGUUCCAGCGGCAGCAGACGUGCCCCACGUGCCGCCUCAACGUACUGCGCGCGCCCGCGCCGGAGCCGGCCGCCGCCGCGCCGCCGCCGCCGCACGACGCCACGCCGCCGCCGCAACCCAACAUGCCGCCGCCAAUGAUGGGCAUGGGCCCAAUGCCCAUGGGCAUGGGUAUCCCGGGUAUCCCGGGUAUGCCCGGCAUGCCGGGCAUGCCGAUGGGCAUGGGCUGGGCCGCGCCGCCGCCGCCGCCGCGGUCGGCCGCGCUAGCUAAUCUCACCGAGGACGAACUUAGAAGAUUGGAAGGCACCGAGAGGAGAAACGUUGAGGCGAGGCUUUUGCUGCUCCGUGAGAUCCAGGCGAUGUUGGACGCGUCGGUGCUCCUGAUGCAGCAGUACUCCGCGGUCGCCAACCCGCAGAACAGUGCUAACGUAGCCACGCAAACUGACCUAUCCGGCGAGCCCGCGGAGGGUCCGAAGUCCGCUCCCACGCCAAAGACCGAGCCCGACGUGGUGCCCAGCACCUCCAGCUCCGGCCCGCGGCCGCCCUCGCCCACUCCUUCGUCUAGCAAAGCGUCCCCAGCGCCGACACUGCGACCUGCCGCUUUAGAUACUGACAGAGAGAAGACUGACGCCGACGCCGAGGAGCUGAGAAGACGUAGACUGCAAAAAUUCACUUUGGAUAAAUGAGCUUUUAUAGAACUUUUUGUUCCAAUUUCUUAAAACUACUAUUUAUGUAAAAAGUGUUUCGGUAAACGUAAGCAUUGUGUAUUCUAAUCAUAAAUAAAUGUAUUUAUGUUCCUGUAAAUAUAAAGAGAUAUGCACAUGAAUACAAUA